UGUCUGGUCACACUGGCAACCGGCAACAAUCUUAUUGGAAUCUGAUUACCAAAACUUCUGAUUAUGUAUAAUUUGCGACUGCUGCGGCAUGUCCUGCUGCGGGAUGUCCUGCCGGUCGGCGGCGGACACGCCCACGGCCACCCUCGCCGGAUGGUCAGCCAGCACAAGCGUCGCCCCCAGCCGGGCAGACUACCGCCGGAUCGGCUGGAGCAGCUGCGCUGCGAUCUCUUCGAGCGUCGCCAGGAUCUGAGUGGCGCGGAAUGGACAGAGGUGCGUCAAUCGCUGGUGGACGGCUACAAGCAUAUAAACGGGCACAACGUGGACGCCGUCAUCCUGGGCGUGUGCAGUGGCCCCCGUCAACUGGCGCUGGCCAAGAACUAUGUGGAGUUCCUGCGGAGCACGGGCGCCACGCCCAACGGCGCCACCCUGGGUCGCCUGCUGCGGAUCUACAAUGCCGCCUACCACGAACGACCACUCAGCGCGGCGGAGCAGGCCGAGAUCCUGCAGAUCUGCCGCACCCUCCAGGCGGAGCACGAAACCCUGGACGCCAGCAGCUGUGAGCACGUGAUCCACGGCCUGGUGGCCACCAACGACCAUUGGCAGAGCGCCCUGCCGCUGCUCGAAAUGAUGAAGGUCACCAGUGCGCCCAGUGUGGCCGCUUAUUCCGCUUUGGCGGAGAAGGCUUUCAGUGUGGCGGAGUCAGAGGAUCGGGAACUGGCCUGGCGCCUCCUAGAGGAGAUGGCCCUGGCCCGGAAGCCGCCCAAAUGCGAGGUCUACCUGGCGCUGCUCAAUCGUCUGGCCAGCAGCGAGUCGGUUAGCGAACUACCUGCCCAGCUAGAGCGCCUGCUGCAAUUCCUCGAGCGCCAUGAGAUUCUAGUCAGUCAGCGAGUGGCCCAGCGGAUGCAGGAUCUCGGCCAGCAACGGCCCCGGCUGCUGGAGGUCAAGGCCACCAAGAACAUGGGACCGCUAGGCAAGUGCCAGGCCUGCCAGCAGCACCUCCAGCCGGUGGCAAUCAGCGAUAAGCAGUUCCGCCGCCUUAGCGAGUGUUUCCUGGAGCGUGUGCUCAUACGCCGCGAUGUCUUCCAGCGCUCCACGCCCGAGGAAGUGGCCCGGUUCAAGAAGUACGUGGAGCGGACGGCGCCCUAUGACUGUGUGAUCGAUGGCCUCAAUGUGGCCUACUCCACCGGGACCAAGAAGUCGCCCCAGCAGCUGGCCAAUCUAGUGGCCACCGUGGUGCGGCACUUCCGGGAUCGGGACAAGCGUGUGCUGGUCCUGGGACGCGAACACAUGCGCAACUGGUCCAAGCAGGCAAUGCACUAUGUGCAGAGCAAUGCCAGCCUCUUCCUGACCAGCAAUUUGUCCCACGACGAUCCCUUCCUGCUUUAUGCCACACUGCGCAGUGGUCAGGACACGGACUUUUUCUCCCGCGACCUGAUGCGCAGCCAUGCCUUCCAUUUGGGUGCCGACCUGAAGCCCAUCUUCCGCCGCUGGCAGCAGCAGCACCAGCACUCGCUGGUCACCCAAACGCAAACGGGCCGGAUCAUCGUCAAGGAGCCCGUGCGCCACCGGCUGAGUGCCCACGCGGUGGCGGGCAGCACCUGGCAUGUGCCCUACUGCGAGGUGUACACCCAGCAUCCCACCGAUAGCUUCGAGGUGCCCGCCAACUGGCUGUGCCUCAAACUGAAAUCCCUGCCAAAUGCCAGCCAAAGGAAUGAUAAAUAG